AUGGACAACACACCAUACCCUAGUCCUAACAUCAGACGUCCUGCUGACAUGGACUACACACCAUACCCUAGUCCUAGAUCUAACAUCAGACGUCCUGUUGACAUGGACUACACACCAUACCCUAGUCCUAGAUCUAACAUCAGACGUCCUGUUGACGUGGACUACACACCAUACCCUAGUCCUAGAUCUAACAUCAGACGUCCUGUUGUCAUGGACUACACACCAUACCCUAGUCCUAGAUCUAACAUCAGACGUCCUGUUGUCAUGGACAACACACCAUACCCUAGUCCUAUAUCUAACAUCAGACGUCCUGCUGACAUGGACUACACACCAUACCCUAGUCCUAGAUCUAACAUCAGACGUCCUGUUGACAUGGACUACACACCAUACCCUAGUCCUAACAUCAGACGUCCUGUUGUCAUGGACUACACACCAUACCCUAGUCCUAGAUCUAACAUCAGACGUCCUGUUGACAUGGACUACACACCAUACCCUAGAUCUAACAUCAGACGUCCUGUUGUCAUGGACUACACACCAUACCCUAGUCCUAGAUCUAACAUCAGACGUCCUGUUGUCAUGGACUACACACCAUACCCUAGUCCUAGAUCUAACAUCAGACGUCCUGUUGUCAUGGACUACACACCAUACCCUAGUCCUAGAUCUAACAUCAGACGUCCUGUUGUCAUGGACUACACACCAUACCCUAGUCCUAGAUCUAACAUCAGACGUCCUGUUGUCAUGGACUACACACCAUACCCUAGUCCUAGAUCUAACAUCAGACGUCCUGUUGUCAUGGACUACACACCAUACCCUAGUCCUAGAUCUAACAUCAGACGUCCUGUUGACAUGGACUACACACUAUAUCCUAGAUCUAACAACAGACGUCCUGUUGACGUAGAUGACAGUUCAUGUCCUAGUCCACAAUCUUAA